AAAUUACAGUCACAAUUUGUACAAUAAUAUUGGGAAGAAGCUUGUUUUUACGCCUUAAAAAUUAGGAUUACAACGGGAAAACGUUUGUAUUGCGAUUAUUGUUUAUUGUAGAGAUUCAGUCUAACAGCUAUGCGAGUGUUGAGGGUAAUUGUGGCGCUUUAGAGUUUGGUUUCAUUGCGAAUGUUGAAGUUCUGUGUACCGGGUGCUUUCUGUCGCGGUACUACAAGCUACCGAUAGCUCGGGGAUCUCUGACUAAAACUAAAUCCACACCUAACGCAAACCGUAUGUUCGCUAGAUAAAAAUAAACGCAAUAUACUGCAAUCUGAACCUUAAAAUCUGUUCAAAUUGCCUGAUACAACAAAUAUGGUAAAGUUAGCUAGUAUAUAUUAACCCGGCUCCAAAUGGAAAUAGCUGAAGUUACUUUUACCAAGCUCGCUAAUGUAGCUAGCACUAACUAGCGUUGUUUGUCUACGCUAUUUGUUCGACUGGAUAGUCUGCUAAAAUUAGAAGUAGCCUACAUUGUGACAACUGCACUGGAUGUAACAGUAAUCAGCAUAUAAAUCAAACUAUAAAGUUAAAAGCUUUUGAAAUAACAGGGCACUAAUCUAAAUAGGUACAAUGAAAGGCGUAAUCUUGAUAUGUUUUAAACGUAGGAAAAACAGUACCGUCUUCCUUAGAUAGCAAGGAAACAGUGCAGAAUAGUUCCACUGCCUACAAUAACAGAAAGAUUUACUGUUGUUAAAAUAUGACAUCCUCGUCUGAGCCUUUAAAGAAGAAACUACGGUUGGAGGGUGCCGGACCAUCUGUCAGUGGCAGCACGAAGAACUGCAGUCAGCAGUGUGGACGCUCUGUCAGAGAUAACAAAAAGAAGACUUCUCCGACUUCUACAAACAAAAUGGAGGAAAUCACAGAAAAAAUGUGUUCAUUAUGUAGUGGUGGGAAGCAUGCAGAGAGUAGGAGUAACACAGCUGGGAAAAGGAGAGUGGUUUUCCCUGCCCUGUUCCCUGAGAGGAAGCCUGAUGGGGAACCACGGGACAGUGAAGACCGAGGAAUGGCAGAACACUUACAGGCCCUUCCUUCUGGGGGGAGCGCCACGCUGGAGGGGCCACAGGUGGAGGUGGGCUCUUCAGGGCUGGAGGGGCCACAGGUGGAGGUGGGCUCUUCAGGGCUGGAGGGGCCACAGGUGGAGGUGGGCUCUUCAGGGCUGGAGGGGCCACAGGUGGAGGUGGGCUCUUCAGGGCAGUGUUCAGCCAGAGCUACCAGCUCCUCACCCGGCAAAUGGAAACCCGUCAGGCUGAGCGUGUCGGCUGUGCAGGAUGUUGAAAUGCAGAGUGUGGAGGACACUGCCACAGCUGCCACACACCAGGCCACAGGCUGCGUGCCAGCGGGGGACCCCAGGGGCUCCAAGCACAGUGGUGGGAGGGAGAGUGUCGAUCAUUCCACAAGCAGCUCGAAAAAUCCAGGAGCAACUGGAUUGUUGUCCACCCCACAGACCAGGCCUGAUGAAGGUCAGAAGUCCCAAACACCGAGCCCGUCUCCUAGUGUGCAGGUUCCAGUGCAGGGGAGAGGAGAGAGUUGGUGGAUGGCGACGCCCAUCUCUGAGCUGAGGAGGGCACCAGGCUGCAGCCUGGCUCUGCCCCCACUGAGGGCUUCCCGCAAUCACACCAUCACAAUCAGAACAGACCUCUUACGGGAAGGACAGCUCCCUGUCCCGUUCCCCUUCAAGUUCAAAGAUGCGUGGGAUGACGUGACAGUCAAGAUGCCCUGUUCAGAGUGGAACCUGUUUCCUGGAGGAAGUGAGGGAAGCGGGGUGCAGAGCCGAUGGGACCUGAUCCGGACGUCUUUGGAAACCGAGUUUGACAGUUCAGUGGAUGUGCAGAAUGCAAUACUGCGAUAUAAUACUGCUCAUGCCAAGAGAUGGGACUUUACUGCGCUGAACUACCUGUGCACUGAGGGUCUGGAGGAUGUUGAAGUAGAGCAUCUGUUUGAGUCCAUCCUGCCGUGCAUGGUGCAGUUAGCGGUGAAGGCGCCUAGCCUGUGUACUGACCCGAUACCUCUGCUGAAGCAGAAGAUGAAUCACUCCAUCACCAUGUCACAGGAGCAGAUCGCCUGCCUGCUGGCCAAUGCCUUCUUCUGCACUUUCCCUCGGCGCAACUCCAGGAAGUCCGAGUAUUCAAAUUACCCAGAAAUCAAUUUCUACAGGCUAUUUGAAGGUUCUUCACACAGGAAGACUGAGAAACUGAAAACGCUUCUGUGCUACUUCAGACGAGUCACUGAAAAAAGACCCACUGGCCUGGUGACAUUCACAAGACAAUCUUUGAACAGCUUUCCAAAAUGGGAAAGUUCUGAGACUCUGCUCACACGACUUCACAUCACCUGUGAAGGGACCAUUGAAGAUCAGGGCUAUGGAAUGCUUCAGGUGGACUUUGCCAACAGGCUGGUGGGAGGGGGUGUAAUGGGCCAGGGCCUGGUUCAGGAGGAGAUCCGCUUCCUCAUCAACCCCGAGCUCAUCGUAGCGCGCCUGUUCACCGAGGCUCUUCACCAUAACGAGUGCCUCAUCAUUACAGGUACGGAGCAGUACAGUAAAUACACUGGUUAUGCGGAGAGCUAUAAAUGGAUGCACAGCCAUAAAGAUGAGACCCCAAGAGACGGCUGGCACAGGAAGUGCACAGAAAUCGUUGCUUUGGACGCGCUCAAUUUCAGCCACUUCCUGGACCAGUUUCACCCUGCGAAGAUGAACAGGGAACUCAACAAGGCUUACUGUGGCUUCCUGCGUCCGGGAGUGCCCAGCCAGAACCUCAGCGCCGUGGCAACGGGGAACUGGGGGUGCGGAGCGUUUGGAGGAGACACGCGUCUGAAGGCCCUGCUCCAGAUCCUGGCGGCCGCGGAAACGGGGCGGGACGUGGCGUACUUCACCUUCGGCGACCGGGAGCUCAUGAGGGAUGUGAGAGACAUGCACGCCUUCCUCACGGACAGACGCGUCACCGUGGGCUGUGUGUACAGGAUCCUGCAGCAGUACUACCACAAUGUGUGUAAGACCUGUCACUGUUCACGGCCGGAUGUCAGCCUGUAUGGCUUCAUCUAUGAGAAGCUCAGCUACAGCAAUGCAUCACCACUGAGAGACCCAGACUGCAGCCCUGCAGCAUCGCCGAGAGACCCAGACUGCAGCCCUGUGUCAGCAAAGAGAGACUCAGACUGCAGCCCUGUGUCAGCAAAGAGAGACUCAGACUGCAGCCCUGCGUCUCCACAGAGAGACUCAGACUGCAGCCCUGCGUCAGCACAGAGAGACUCAGACUGCAGCCCUGCAUCUCCACAGAGAGACUCAGACUGCAGCCCUGUGUCAGCAAAGAGAGACUCAGACUGCAGCCCUGCGUCACCACAGAGAGACUCAGACUGCAGCCCUGCGUCUCCACAGAGAGACUCAGACUGCAGCCCUACAUCUCCACAGAGAGACUCAGACUGCAUCCCUGUGUCACCACAGAGAGACUCAGACUGCAGCCCUGGAUCUGCACAGAGAGACUCAGACUGCAGCCCUGCAUCAGCACAGAGAGACUCAGACUGCAGCCCUGCAUCUCCACAGAGAGACUCAGACUGCAUCCCUGCAUCUCCACAGAGAGACUCAGACUGCAGCCCUGCAUCACUGCAGAGAGGUGGGGACUGAGAUGACCCUGACGUCCCCAUGACCUUUCUGAAAACUUCACCCCUCACACAGAAUCAAAACCUGCCCUCUGCCUUUCUAACAGGAAGGAGAGGGGUUCAGCAGGAAGUCACAGCCUUUCUAACAGGAAGGAGUGGGGUUCAGCAGGAAGUCACAGUUUUUCUAACAGGAAGCAGUGGGGUUCAGCAGGAAGUGACAGUUUUUCUAACAAGAAGGAGUGGUUUUCAGCAGGAUGUCACAGCCUUUCUAACAGGAAGGAGUGGGGUUCAGCAGGAAGUCACAGCCUUUCUAACAGGAAAGAGUGGGGUUCAGCAGGAAGCCAAGGGGAUAAGGUGACUAAUAAUAGAAAUGGAUUCCUUGGUGGUGGCACCCGUCUCCUUUUUUUGUCCGAACAUGCAGUUUGGUUCAGUUCUCCCUUUAAAGAUGGCAUAACUUUAUGCUUCUUCCUUUUUCACUCUAACAUUAGCACUGGGCUGAAUGAGGGAUUUGUCCUGUUUGCUCAGAUCUGCAUGUGGACUUGUAUGAACUUUGCAGGAUGUUAUAAACCGUCAGGAUUCAAAUCAACUUGUUCAGUUUGGUUGAUCUUUUGUUGAUUGUUGUUUUGGAUUUGUAUCUUGGAUUGGGUUUGAUUGGUAAUACAGAAAUUAAAAUGAAAUGUGAUUGUAUGGGUCUUUUUUAAUGUGUAUCAUGUAUCAUGUUUGCAUUUGAUAAUAAAUAUGGAUCUCUUAUGCAUUCAUUUUCACAUUAAACAACACAUUUUCAUAA